CGAUCUCGCUUUUUGUUCCAUGGUUUAGCCUCCGUUUUCGAAGUCUGUCAGUCGUCAAUUGUGCCAAGCGAGAAUGGACCUGGUCAUGGAAGAGGUCGUUGACCCGAGCUUCGAGCCGUCGGAUGCCGAGGUCCUUCAGCACGCAACGUUCCUUGGCAUGGACGUCAUCAACGACAAGGACCUCCUUUGGAUCGCUCGCGAUGCGCUCAAGGCCAACCUGCCUGAGCACUGGAAGCCGUGCAAGAUGGUCGAGACGGACCACAUUUACUACUACAACUUUGCCACCGGCGCCAGUACGUGGGACCACCCCUGCGACGAGCGAUUUCGCCAGCUCUACCACGAGCACAAGGCCACGUUGAUGGCGCAAGCUUCCGAGGUGCGCCCGCCCGAGGCGACGACGCCGCCCACAGGCCGGGUGGACAGCAAAGUGCUCGUCGACGAUAUUCAGUGUGCACUCGCCGCCGCCACCGCGUCGCUUCAGGACGCACAAGCGAUGCUCGCCGAGCUCGUUGGCGCCGAAGCGCGCAAAUGGGAGGCAGAGCUCGCCGCGCGGGACGCCACGUGGCAGCGCCAAGUCGAUGAUCUCUCGCGGCGGCUGGCGGCCGCGCAGGUGCAACCACGAGCUUCGUCCGAGGACAAGGACUGGGAAAUCAUCGAGUGAGAGAGUUGCUGCUGCACGUAACACGCUGUUUUGUAUACGGUAUUCAUCAACAUUUUGAUGCGGGAA